UUCACCACCCGAUUGAUCCUACGCAGCAUUCCUGCCAUGACCCAACCACCGGGUACCAACACCAGUCCGGUCGCUGCCAUCACGCACAAAGCGCCGCGCGCCGCACUUACAAAUCAAUCCUCCCUUCCUCGCGCCAUCUGAUUCUUCCCACCAACCGCUGUUGCCUCGAUCACCUCGUUCGAUCGUUCGCGCGCGGGGGCCGGGGCGACAAUGGCAUCCUCCUCCUGCCGGCCGGCCGCGGUCUGCGCGCUGCUGCUCCUCCUCCUGUCGGCCGCCGUGGGCACGCUGCCCGCGGGCGCGCAGGCGCCCGCGGAGGCCGCGAUCGACGCGGAAGGCGACGGCAACGGCACCACUCGUGGCGGCGGCGCGCGAGGCGGCGGCGGGGGCGGAGGCGGCGCCGGUGGCGCGCGGAAGCUGGUGAGCAGCAUCGACUGCCAGAUCUGCGAGGCGACGUGCCGCGUCAAGUGCCUCAUCAACAACCUCUUCCAGUGGGGCGGGUGCUACCAGCGAUGCAAGGCUGACAACUGCAACGACUGGUGCAGGUAGUACGCACGUAGUAGGUGCCUGCGCUGCAUGCACGCGCGCGCGUCCACGGGUGCACGCCACGUCGUACUUCGAAUCCCCACAGAUCUCUCUUCGCCAGUCGUCCAACUGGUACACGCCAGAUUGAUCGGGUGGUUCGGACCAGGCCACGUAUAUAGCCUCCGCCUUUUGCAAAUUUUCCAUCCAACGCAUACAUACCUAAAGCUUAACUUGCGCCUCCAUCGUCUCAAUC